AUGGCUGAACGUAGGGCUGAUGUGGGUAUCAUCUCAGAACCCAACAACAUCCCAAAGUCAGUAAAUUGGAUACCGGAUCGGACUGGUUUGGCGGUGGUAGUGUGGAGCUCUCAACUCGCAUAUCCCUGCGUGCUUAGAUCACGAGGGUAUGGAUUUGUAGCGGUAGACUGCGGAGGAAUGGUCAUUGUCUCCUGCUACUUCUCCCCAAACUUAGAAAUUGACGAAUACGAUGCGGCUUUGGGGGAACUAGCCGACUGCGUUCGCAGUUGUAGUGGAUCCCCUAUGGUGGUGACUUUAAUGCGAGAGCCCGAAUCUGGGGAUCAAAUGACACCACUCAGAGGGCCAUCCACCUGA